CAUCUGUGCAGUAGUGGAAGCUACAUCUUGCAGUCCGACUGCACAGCGCGCAACAUUUCUUGUCCUAUUCGCGUCCGAAACUGUCCUUCCGUGCCGCAGCGAUGUGGAUUUACCAGCUCGUUUUCGGACUCUUUGUCGUUUCUUUUUGUGAGGGAAAACAAAAUGGAAAUGCACUCCAGGACUACCAGAAGACUGAUGGUGUGCGGCUGGUUGUUGCGUCUCCUGAUUCCUCUCUACUGACAGAAAGCAAGAAACGGAGCUUGGCAAAGUGUGCCAAAGCCUGCAGCCGCAACAAAAUAAUUCCUUUCAACUGCAGGGCAUUCCUCUACGACCAUACCAACAGGAAAUGCCAGUGGCUGUCGUUUGACACCCGCUCGCCAGGAGCCCAGAGCCAACAGGACUUCAACUACCAACUGUAUCAAAAGAAAGACUAUGUGAGGGAGUGCAUUGUGGGCACGGGGGAGAGCUACAGGGGGCGGAGGUCGACGACAGUGAGCGGAAUCCGCUGCCAGGCCUGGGCCUCUCCGAUUCCUCAUGAGCACAAUUUCAUGUCUAAAAGAUUCAGGAAGAAGGACCUCAGAGAGAACUUCUGUCGUAACCCAGACAACUCCAGCGUCGGCCCGUGGUGCUUCACCACGGACCCACGGGCCGAACUCAGACACCAGCAGUGUGGCAUACCCCAGUGCUCACAGGUUGAGUGUAUUCACUGUAAUGGCGAAGAGUACAGAGGACCCAUGGACCACACAGAAAGUGGGAAGGAAUGCCAGCGCUGGGACCUGAAUGAUCCACACAAACACCAGUACCACCCCAAAAGGUACCCUGACAAAGGCCUGGAUGACAACUACUGUAGGAACCCAAACGGACGCCACAAACCCUGGUGCUUUACAACGGACCCAAACACACCCUGGGAGUACUGCGACAUCAAAGUUUGUGAAACGUCUCCAAAAAGUAAUGUGGUGGAAACCACCGAGUGUUACCAGGGCAGAGGAGAGGGCUAUCGGGGGACAGUAGACGUGAUGCCCACCGGGCUCAUCUGCCAACGCUGGGACUCUCAGUAUCCCCACAACCACACGUUCACACCUCAAGCCUACCCCUGCAAGGACUUGAGAGAGAACUACUGUCGGAAUCCAGAUGGCCGAGAAUUCCCGUGGUGCUUCACUACGGACCCAAGAGUCCAAACCAUGUUCUGCACCAACAUCCCGCAGUGCGGCACCCAAAACAAUCCAGUCAGUGACUGCUAUGAAGGCUUUGGGGAGAAUUACCAAGGAGAGCAGUCAAGGACGAGAUCAAACCUGCCCUGCGCACCUUGGAGAGACCGUAACAACAGUGGCGAGAGGGGCGUGCAGAUAGGCGGCCUGGAGGGAAGCUACUGCCGAAACCCAGAUAAAGACAAGCAUGGUCCCUGGUGUUACACCAACAACUCUGCCGUUCCCUGGGACUACUGUCAUAUCAAACCAUGUGGCGGUUUGCAGAUCAACAUCCCACCGGCUGAGCUGUCCUCUGUGGGGUGUUUUGUCCAUAAAAGAACCAGAAUUGUGGGAGGAGGUCCGGUGGGCGUAUUAGACGGCAGCUGGAUGGUCAGCAUACAGAAAGGGUCGCAGCACUGGUGUGGAGGUUCACUAAUACGAGAGGAGUGGGUACUCACUGACAGACAAUGCUUCUCCUCAUGUGUGCCAGACCUCAGUGAGUAUCGGGUGUGGUUGGGAGUCUUGGAUAUCGGAGAAGGCGCUCCCGACUGGUCCAAGAGACAGGAAGUGAACAUAGCCGAUGUGAUAUGUGGUCCUGAGGGCUCAAGUUUAGCCCUCAUAAGGCUGUCUAAGCCUGCCCUCCCUGCAGACAAUGUGCACACACUUCAGUUACCUGUGGCAGGAUGCUCCAUCCCAGAAGGAACAAUAUGUAAAAUGUAUGGAUGGGGAGAGACAAAAGACACUGGACAUGAUGACCAACUGAAGGCGGUCGACCUGCCCAUCGUCAGUAAUGUGAGGUGCAGAGAGAUGCACAGAGGCAACCUCCACAUCACCAACACCAAGAUCUGUGCAGGAGGCAAAAGGAAUGAGGGAGUGUGUGAGAGGGAUUACGGCGGCCCUCUCGUGUGCCAGGAUGGCGAGAUACGGGUGAUUGUGGGAGUGAGCGUUCAUGGCAGAGGCUGUGCUCGGGCCAACCAGCCCGGCAUCUUCAUCAAUGUGCCCUUCUACACCCAGUGGAUCUACAAGGUCUUCAAAUAUUACCCCAACCCUGACAUCGUCUAGCAAUUUAAACAGAACCAAACCCAGACCCUCUAAUUCCAAGUCAUUUCGGCCGUGCACUCGGGACACCUGCUUUUUUUACAUGCUGUCCAUGUCUGCAUAGAGCGAUAGAAAUCUGAUCACAGCACCCUUAAUAGAUGAAUGGUUGAGGAAACACUGUGAUUCAAACACGACAUAAACCUUGAGUUGGGAGCAAAGCAGGCAAGAAAUGUGGUUUCAUGAAUUUUUUAUGCUUCUCUUUCGGUAGCAAAUCCAACAGAGUGGCAUAUGUGUAUGUGAAUACUCUUGAUUCCUGGUUUUACUUGAAUGUUUUAACACCGAAAUGCAGUAGUUCAGUCUUUGAGGAGCACAUCAACGGGCCACUUAGAAGACUGUUCAGUGGGCAAAUUGAAGGGCAUCCUUGUCAAGCUUCAGGCAUCUCCAGGGGGCUUGGAUAAAGUGGUCCUUACUGUACAUAUUAUAUUAAUGAGUGGAUUUGUGACACUCUGAAGAUAAUUUGGGUCUUAUAGAUCUAAAACAAGAUAAGUUAAUGGUGUAUUACACAGAUGAGUUAUAUACUGUGCGGGAAAACACCAAAAAGUCCAUUAUCAGUAAUUUACUUUCGUCACCAUGCCAUUGAAGGUCAAUAUAUGAAUGUGCUUUUUUACAUGCUGUGUAGAUUAGAUGAUUUUACAGCUGGUCAGCUUCAUAGGAUUCACACACUCAAUGUGUACAUACCGUUAUUUCUAACAAAAAAUAAAUAAAUCCUCAAACGUAUGUAUUAAUUCAUUGCGCUUGUGUCUGUGUUGUAGUUUCUCUGCAGCAGUGUCAGUAUGCAAAAAGAAAACUGCAGAAGGGUUGUGUGUGUGUGUGUGUGUGUGUGUGUAGUUAAGCCUCUGCUGAAUGAAUUAUCAUCUCCCCCCCCACACUCAACUGAAUUUGUGUAAAAAUGAGAAAACAUUUCUGUUUGUAUGUAUGUGCACUGAAAGAAGCUGCUAUAUUCUACAGAUUGUACAAUACUGUCUUCUCUUCUCUGUUUAAAUGUACAUUCAAUAUACAUGUUUGGUUACUUAUCAACUAUGCUAAAUGUAAAACCCAAGUCCUGCAGUUAUUUUAAAUAUUUAAUGAUGUCUGUUACUAUAAUACAUGUUUUUUAAUCAA